UAGUCUUCUUCUUUUUCGGCUGUUCAGCUGGGGAUAUUACAAAAAAAAAGAACGAAAAGGGGGGAAGAAAAUUGAAAAUACGAAAAUCAUCAUGGCUACAUCGACGCUGCAGCUGGAAUUUUCGCAAGCAAUGGCCGAUUUCAAGAAGAUGUUCCCCGACAUUGACCGCGAAGUGAUUGAGGCUGUGCUGCGCGCUAAUUUGGGCGCCGUGGAUCAAACAAUCGACCAACUGCUUGCGAUGUCAACUGACAACCAGAACGAAAAACUGCGCAAUGAACUGGAUGCUAAUGUCUCACCACAACAGAGUCUCAUCAAUCUAAACGAUCCGGACAAGGAGCUGCGACGCAAUCAGCAGCAACAGCAGCAGCUCAUUGACACCACAGAUGGCGUCGCCAGCAAUACGACAGAGAGUAGCGCUGCAGCAGCCACAGCCGGUCACACAUUGCUCAGCACUGCAAACACAGCGUCGCCGCAUCACAAUACGGGCGCCUCGCCCAAGCAACGUCCGCUGGGCGCCUCGAAUAAAUUGAAUGCCAGCGGCAGCUUGAACAACACGCCCACCAAGCGCAGUAACAACAGCAGCACCAACAACACAAAUCGACGCUGGAAUCCACCGAUCUUGGGUGUGUUACCAGCUGGAUUUUUGCGAAUUACUCCAGCAGCUGGACAACAGGAUUUUGAGCUGCCAGAUGAGCAGUUUGCUCUAAUGCUGCAGAAUGAAGAGUUUAUGAAUCAGUUGCGAUGGAAUCAGGACUUUAUGAAUGCGCUGGAAAAGGAGCAAAGUGGCAAAUCGAAAGGCGAGGAUGAUGCACCGUUCCAGGAGAGGCUGAAGAAUAUGGGCAAAAUGUCGCGCAAGAAAUUCCUACAAAUGGCGCGUGUCUUCACCUGGCAGCGGAAUAAAAAGGUGACCACUGCCAAGCAAAUUGAUUCAUUGCCAUUGCGUGAAGAGCCCAGCGACGAUGAAGAUCAUCACCAUCAUCAUCAUCAGCAGCAGCAUCAACAACAGCAGCAGCAGCAACAGAGCCAAGAACAGCAUUCACAACAACAGAGCCAAGUCCAACAGCAGCAACAGGGUCAAUUGCAGUUGCGAAAGUAAAGACCAGGAGCCUUGUGUCGAGGGUUCCUUUUGUUUGUUAUCUUAUAAACAUACUUAUACUUAUCCUUAUCUUAUUAUCUCAUUGGGCCAUAAAAAGCACAUACGUCAAGGUCGCUCUGAUUACUCAGAUGUAUGCGUAAACUCGCAGCUAACAAACGUAAUCUCCUCCUCCCCCUCUCACAAAACAAAAAGAACCGUAGUAAUCUCAAUGCAACAAGAAAUAAUAAUUACUAUAUGUGUUAUAUAUGAUUCUAGUUCAAAAAAUGUCACCUAAUAACCUAAAGUGCAAUUUCCCCCCACACUCCCAGUGCAAUAUUAUAAUGUGAAUAUUUUAUAUACAUAUAUAUAUUUUUAUUGUUUUAUUUUUUUUUUGUCCAUAUUUUACUUAUUUUUACCUUCAAUUUUCGUUGUUGCCAAAUUAGCAUAUAAUUAAGUUUUAUUGAUAUACUACUAUUAUAUUUUUAAAUGGCAGCUUUUUUGUCAAAAAGAAGACGUAAUGUUGGACUGAUAUGAAAUGCGUUAAUUAAUACAAUUAAAAGCAUCACAGCAAAUGAAAAUGAUAAUGAUCUAAUGAUCUGGCAUGAAACGAUAUGACAUACACAAUAUAAAAAAUGUAUAUCUAGAGCACUUGCUAAACUCAAAAAUGAAAACUAGUCAUUAAAUAAACGUCAAAACAAUUUAUGUACAGUAAUCAAGGUAAAUAUUUGUGCUACUAUCUCCCCAUUUGAUUCAAUAUCAUGCCUCAUACUGACCGAUUCUUAGCAGUUUUUAAAGUCCAUAUAUAGUAUAUACAUAGAUAAUUCGUAUAAUAUCCGCCUACGCUUUGUUGGCUUCAACUCUCAACACGUCGUCGUAAAUCUGCAGAUAUAAACUUGAUAAUGUCCAUAUCAACUGUUGAUAUUACCAGAUACCAGAUAUAUAGUAUGGACAUAUAUAUACCAUCCAUAUCUUUGGUGGCUAAGCAUUAAAACAAAACAAAAACAUGCAACUAUUUGAUUGUAAUUGUACUUGUACUUGUAUUAUAAACCAUAUUUGAAAAACUAUUAUAUUAUAUUCAUAUUCCAAGUAUAAAAUACAGAUAAAUAUUAAAAAAAAAAAAAAACAGAAUGCCACGUCGUAUUCAUUAUCUCUGCUAAUCUUGAGCUACGUCUGCGAAUGUCACGCUUGUUUUUCGUUUUUUCCCGUGUCGGGAAGUAACGAGAGAAGAGCACGUAAAAAGAUUAAAGAUAUCCAAGAAUUGAAAAAAUUUUUGAUUCUUACAUGAAUUUAUUUAAUUUUUAUUUUGUUUUUGCUUUUAAAUUUUUUUUGUUUUUUUAUUUUUUAUAAACAUAAUACAUUUAUUAUGGAUACACGUUGGUUUUUAUGUGUGUGUGUGUGUUGCUUUUUGACUUUGAUUUAAGGGCAUAUUGGUUACUUGUUACCUGUUACAGUACUAUUAUGAAUUGUAUAUUCCUUCUUUUUUUUAGAUUUUAUUUAUUUUUUUCUUUUUUGUAAAUUUACUUCGUUUUGGAUUGACACUUGACGACGAAUCUUGUGUUUCAUACUAUAAUUUAUUUGUUGGGAUUUGUGGUUUCGUUUUUUAUUUUUAUUUAUUUUUUGUAUUUUUUUAAUAACAGGAUUUAAAUCGUUUUACAUGCAACAAUUGCAAUUGCAAUCAAAAUUCAACUUUGCUUUGUUAUCUCUACUGAAUGAUUUCCUUGCCUUUCUCUUCUCCAUCGCUCUCGCGAUUCUCUCUCUCUUGGCUGUGUUGUCCUCUCAAUCUUCCUCUCUUUGUGUAUUGGUUAUUGUUUAAUUAUAAAUGUUGCAUGCUCUCAGAGCAUGCCGGAGUGUCUGUGUAUUUAUGUUUGUUGUGUGUUUUGUGUUUGAAUGUACGUUGUAUGUGUGUGUUUUGGGUGUAUGAUUUGAUGCAAUGUGCAAUUUUUGUUUUCUCCUUAUUUUUUGUUUGUUUUGUUUGUUUGUUACUUUACUUACACAGAAAUUGAUCAUUUUUAAACAAUUAUUUGUAAAUUUGUUUUAAACUAAUUACUAAAAAUGGAUUUUCUGGUUUGUUUGCAACAUUUUGACAUCUCAUUUGCAUACAAUAUUUUUAUAAAAUAUGUGAUUUUUUUUUCUUUUUUAUGUUUUUUUUUUUGCAUUUUUCUUUUUGUUUCUUUCAAGUUUUCUUUAAGUGAUUUUAGGCAUACAAUUGAAUUUAGAUUUACGUUUAGCUUAAUUUGAUUCUUGUUUUAUUUGUAUUUUGUAUUGUUUUUAACUUUCUCUUGCAUUUGUUUUUGUUGGUUUAUUUUUUGUUUGAAGAGCAACGACAAUUGUUUUUAUUAUUAUUUGUUUUAAUGUAUUUAUGGUUUUUCUAUGAAGAUAAAUUGUAUAAUUAUUGUGUGUAUAAUAUGUAUUUGUUGUGUGUAAUGUGUGUGUGUGUGUGUUUGUAUAUGUUGUAUAUAAUCGAAAAGAAUUUGAAAGAAAAAAAUAAAUACGAAUGUUUUGUUGUUUAGUUUACGAAUGUUUCCAUCAUUUUUUGUUUGUUGCGUGUAUUGCAAAGAUUUUGUUUUUUUAAAAAACGGCUCAAAAACGAACGACAAAUAUAAUUGUAUAAUAAUUAAUUGUUAAUCAGCAAAAAAUAGCAUAGUAAUAAUAAUAAUAAUAGUAGUAGUAGUAGUAAUCGUAUGUAGUAAUAAUUACAAAAACUUUGCACAGUUAAAAACAUUGUCAUUGUUAAUUAAAUAUUUUUCAUCCAUUCUUUGCUAUUUAUAAUCGUUUGUAAAAUUUGUUAAUCAUUUUCCUGGUUAUUGCAAAUUUUCCGACAAUCUUUCAAUCUUAUUUCCUGGAAAGGGAGGGAGGCUGUCUGUGUAUGCUUUGUUACCAUUUUUUACUCAUUACAUGUUAUUUGUUUUUCUUUUUUUACUCAUCUUUUGUUUUCUAUUCUUUUCUUUUUUAUUAAUGUUUUUUUUUUUGUAUUAUUUGGAAGUCUUAUAGCAGAACACAUAGGGACUUUUUCGGUUUCUUUUGUUUCUUUUCGGGUGACUUCUUAUUGAUCUGCCGGACCAAAUCGUAGAAAAUAUCAUUAACA